AUGAAAUUUGCCAAAGAGCUGGAGCAGGAGCUCGUGCCUGAAUGGCGGGCAAAGUAUCUCGACUACAAAACCGGAAAAAAGAAAGUCAAAGCAAUCACUCGGGCCCUCCAGAAAUCCCACCGCAGUCCACGUAUCCCAUCCUAUCGACAGUCCAACCCGCAAGCGCGCGGUGCUGCUCAGUUCGGUCUGACCCCGUCCAAUACCGAUAAACAACUCGAUGCCAGUGAAGGAAUCACCCCUGCAUCGCCACUGAGAGGUGCGAGUCCGCCACCAGUCGCGCGAUCCACCCCCAUCCCAAAAACCGAACGACAACCACUGCGAACGCCCGGAUCGCGAUUCUCGGAAAAUGUUGGUAGCUACGGGAGUAUACUGGCGACUCCGCCCCAGCAACCCCGGAGGGGAGGGUCGGACACAGCCUCGUUCGAGUUGCCGGACCCAGCUCUCGACCCAGAUGAGGACUAUCUGCCACCCGCGGAAAAUGCAGAUCGACCGAGGACCGUUCGUACACCGUCGCCGGUGAUGGAUCGACGUGUUGUGAGCAACAUGACCCCUUCGCCUUCGCAGCCCAUGGACCCUUCGCCAGAUCACAGACCCCAACUGGACCAACGCCCAAGCUACCAAAGCCCCAUGAGUGGCUUGACAAAGGUUCCGUCGAGUAAUCGGACAUCGCAGCUGUUGCGGCGGGUCUUCACUGCGGAGGGAGAGCCUGGUGCGAAGCGAUCGCAACUGGAUUCUAGCGCCGGUGGCGAGGUCGACAAAAGACACGACGAGUUCUUCGAGUUCUUGGACAGCGAGUUACACAAAAUUGAUUCCUUCUACACGAUGAAAGAGCAGGAGGCCACGGAGAAACUUCGGGUUCUUCGCCAGCAGCUACAUGUCAUGCGAGACCAGCGCAUUCAGGAGGUUCUGACCUCAAAAAGGGCAGCCAAAUCCGAUAACGGGGAUGGCCAACAACGACCGAAUGGAUUUGCCAAGCUCAAUAGUAAUCUGAAAGAUACCAUAGUUGGCAAGACCCGUUUUGGUAAAAAUUCAGAGGCACUUGCGGAGAUGGCUACUCCUGGGAUGCCCGCGCAGGAUCGCGAAUUCAUCGUCAAUCGCAGGGACUUCAUGCGUCGCCAGGAACCCCUGAACCAGGAAGUAUCCUAUCGCUCUGCUAAGCGCAAGCUCAAGCAUGCAUUGCAAGAGUUUUACCGUGGUGUGGAACUAUUGAAGGGCUAUGCUUACUUGAACCGAACUGCGUUUCGGAAGAUCAACAAGAAAUAUGAUAAAGCAGUUAACGCACGCCCGCCGCUGCGUUACAUGUCAGAAAAAGUCAACAAGGCUUCUUUUGUUCAGAGUGAAGUUAUUGAAAGCCUUAUGACAGCGGUCGAAGAUCUAUAUUCACGGUACUUUGAACGCGGGAAUCGCAAAAUUGCCGUUUCGAAGCUUCGACACACGAUCAACAAAUCGGGCGAUUUCUCGCCCAACACCUUCCGCUCUGGUCUGUUGUUGAUGGGCGGUACCUUGUUCUCUAUCAAGGCUCUUGUUGAUGCUUCGCACAAUCUUCACACAGGUGAAGCCAGCGAACAAGUUAAGACUAGCUAUCUGCUUCAGAUAUAUGGUGGAUACUUCCUCAUCGUGUUUCACGUCUUGCUAUUUUGCUUAGAUUGCAUGAUCUGGACCAAGUCAAAGAUCAAUCAUGCAUUUGUGUUUGAGUACGAUACCAGACACACCUUGGAGUGGCGUCAGUUACUUGAGAUUCCCUCUUUCUUCUUUUUCUUGAUGGGCCUCUUCAUGUGGCUUAACUUCUCGUGGUAUAACCACAUGUACAUCUACUGGCCUGUUGUCCUCAUCGGCCUAACAGUCAUCCUAAUCUUCUUGCCGGCCCGAGUUCUGUACCACAGGAGCCGGAAAUGGUUUGCUUUUUCGAAUUGGCGCCUAUUGCUCGCUGGAAUCUACCCCGUCGAGUUCCGUGACUUCUUCCUUGGCGACAUGUACUGCUCUCAGACAUAUGCCAUGGGUAACAUCGAGCUCUUCUUCUGUCUAUAUGCCUCAUACUGGGGCUACCCUCCCAAAUGCAACUCUUCCCAUUCCCGCCUACUGGGAUUCUUCCAGUGUCUCCCCUCCGUUUGGCGAGCUUUCCAAUGUAUCCGCCGAUAUCUGGAUACGAAGAACGCCUUCCCUCAUCUUCUCAAUUUGGGCAAGUACAUAUUCGGUGUCCUCUACUAUGCUACUCUGAGUAUGUACCGCAUAGACCUCUACACCCGCUUCCAGGCUGCAUUCAUCACCUUCGCCCUGCUGAAUGCAGUCUACACUUCUGUCUGGGAUCUAAUCAUGGAUUGGAGUCUGGGCAAUCCCUACGCGAAGAACCCAAUGCUCCGUGAAGUCCUUGGUUUCCGCCGCGUAUGGAUUUACUACGCCGCCAUGUUCUUCGACGUGAUCGUCCGCUUUAACUGGAUCUUUUACGCAAUUUUCAUCACCAACAUUCAACAAUCCGCCCUCCUCAGCUUUAUGAUAUCCGUCUCAGAAGUCUGCCGCCGCGGCGUGUGGUCCAUCUUCCGUGUCGAAAACGAGCAUUGCACGAACGUCCUCCUCUUUCGCGCUUCCCGUGAUGUCCCUCUUCCCUACGACAUCCCCACAGCGGCUCCUGCCCUCGACGGUUCGCCGGAAGAUGUCCAGCUCCAAGAACAGCAGCAACAGGCCUCUACCCCCUUCAUGUCGCCCGGCGACGUCGAGCACGGCACGCCCACUGGGUCGAGUCUGCGUUCUCGACACCGUCGCCCCUCUGUGGGUAUCGGUCGAGUCGGUACGAUCGUUGCCUCGGCGCAUGCUCAGGAUUUCGAGCGCAGGCGUCUGCCAACAUACCUUUCCACUGCGAGUGUAGGACGGGAUAUGACAGGGGCUGAUGAUAGUACCGAUGAAGACGACGAGGGUGAUAUAAGCACAGACGAAGACUCGGAGAAUGACCACAGUCAUCGUUCCAGACCGGUUUCUGAGCGGAGAGACCAGAUGGGUCGCAUUGUUGAGUGA